GCUUUGUCGUGCUCCGCAUGCCUUACGCUAGAUGUCGCUACUAUCAAUGAACUUUUGACGUGAACUUGAUUGAAACUUAGAAUAACUUAACCAAAAUAUUCUAAGCUUUUUAUGUGAUGUGAAUAGUGAUAACUGUGGGAAUACGUAUAUAAAUAUCAACAUUUGUAAUACUAUGCGUGAGAAAUGCACAUGUGUAGUUUAAAUCGUAGAAUACUACAUCCUGGUUCCUCCUUCCGAAACUUUGGACCAAACCUUAGGAUAAGUAAAUGACGAAAAUUCAAGAACAAAUAAAAUACAGUUCUUCAAAAAUAAGUAGUUAAAAGAAAUGUUUGGAAAUGGCGGAGUUCCUGCCGCUGUGCGACGUGCUCUUCAACGUGAUCUCGCUGGCGGGGUACUUCUGCGACGUCGUGUUCGAUGUCGUGAUGGGCUAUGCGCUGCUUGAGCGAGGAUAUAAGGGCACGUUUGCUGCCGCUAUAUCUAUUGUUAUUACUUCUCUGCUUAUAUCUCAGGUGCUAUCUCUCCGCUGGUACCUCCACGUCUGGUGGGCAGGCGAGGGCCGCAAGGGCCGGCCACCAUGGCUGCCCAUCCUGCUGCACUGCCUGCAACUCGGCGUGCUGUGGAGGUACGCCAGGCUGCUGGUGCCAGUCGAGCUCAGGCGGGUCAAGCAUCAAGUGCGGGACUUGUGUAUGCUCCGGCUAGUGCACGCGUUCUGCGAGGCGGCGCCGAUGUUGCUGCUGCAGCUACAUAUACUGUUCAAGGACGCCAGUCGGGAGCCCGUCAGCGACCUCGCUGUCACGCCGGAGCCGAGUAUUGAUGAGCCUUCAGAAAACAAAGCGUUCGCGGAACUGAACGUGAUAUCAGCAUCACUAUCCCUGUUCUCCGUGUGCUGGGCGCUGGCCAGUUUCAGCAAGAACGUGCGGCUUCAGAACGUGCACCGCCUCGUGCUCACCUGGCUCGGGGUUAUAUUUCAGUUCCUGUGGCGGCUGGGCACGAUAUCAGCGCGGAUCUGCGCGCUCACUGUAUACGCACUAGUCUACGAGUACUGGGUCUUCUUAGUUAUAGGUCUCCACUGGCUGUCCAUGUUCUUAUGGCUGAUCUCCCCAAAGAACGUGUUCCACGGCGAGCGCAUCAGCCGGCCGCGCAAGGCGUACCUGUCCGCGCUCAUAGCCUUCGUGUACGUCUUCGCGUAUGUUAAUCUGCAGGAGUUGAACCAUAGGCAGAAGAUGGUAACAUUCUACUGCGUGAUGUGCGUGGAGAACUGGCUACUAGUAGUAGCGUGGUGGUGGUCAGGCCGCGCUCGUCGCCCCGCGCCUACUGCUGCCGCCGCCGCAGCUGCAUUCCUUGCUGGACUGGCUUUUAUGCUUAUUUAUUAUAGAUAUUUCCACGUACGACGUCUGGGAUACAUGUUAGGAGAACAUCAACAAGGAACGAAUAGCACCAACACGUCCUCACAAAAUAAGGAUUGUAAACAGUCGAACCAGGCUGAUAACCCGACGAUACCAGGAGUGUUCAACUGUCGGUUCUCGAACCCAGUCAGUAACAGCGCUGGUAACGCUCGCAAGAAGAAGAAGCCGACAUCAUUCGUGCCGCCUCCCGCCGCCCCCGCCGCCGCCUUCUGGCGCCGACCCCUGCCCGCCGCGCAUAACCAUCAUGGAGGUUCAUCAGAAAACGAGGGCUCAAGCGUCGGCUCCCGAGUCAACAUCCAGCAGAAACUACAAGAGAAGAAACAAAAACAACUCGCAGAACUACGCGUCAUAGAGGAAGAAAUCAAGCAAGGGAAACUCGCCAAAACAACACCAGUCGCUGCUGAAGAAAUAUACAGUAGUUUGCAAAGACAGCCCAUACCUCGGGCGAAGACCCACGCCGAACCAGCCUGGCCUAACCUAGACCCCACACAUUCCUACCAAAACUACCCAGUCUGCAACAUAUACCCAACUUACACAGAAAUAAAACCAGAUUUCACCCCCGAAGCCCCCGACAUAACAGACCCCCUCAAAAUCCGAAGACUCCCGAACAGAUACGACAACACCCGAACGUUUUACGAGAACCCGGCGAACAUACGGAAUGACGUCACUCGAACGCCAUUACGUUCCCCGAACUAUUUGGCUUUAGAGAACAGGACUUAUGAGACGAACUGUGCUACUGUUCUGAACAAUAGUCCGAGGAAUUAUGAGAAUAAUUACGAAGGUUUAGAGAAGAGGUUGGGGAAUUCUUUAUAUUCUGAGGAGAGGGAGGGGUAUGGGGGGUACUGUGAGGGUAAUGGGGAGUGCGGGUAUGGGGCCCAGUGUGCUCGGGGUCGGAGGGCUGAUCACUUGCGGCGGUUGCAGAGAUGUCGGACACCGGAGAUAUUGCUGGCACCGCAUUAUCUAGAAGGGUGUUCUAGACAUCUGUGCUGUCAUUGGGGACCUCCUUAUACAAACAGGAAAAAAGAGGAAGGAGGAGGAAGCAGCGGGGAGGAGUCUAGUCCGGACGGACCCACCAGGGAGACGCCGAGACCGCCCAGUGAUAUCGAUAGCCAGAUAUCCCUGCCUCGUUCGUACACCCUGCCGCGCGAGUUCCGCUACUGGCGCCGCCGCCCGCGUCUGCGCGACGCGCACGUGCCCAGCAACAACAGCAGUGACGGCGACGUCGACAGCGCGGAUGACAACGACAGCUCCCACCGGUCGAACUGUUCAGCCGCGUCGCAACUGCAGAGCCCGACUUACGAGUACUACCGCCACGAGCGACACGAGCGACACGACGACUACGUGUGCGCCCGCACGCGGCGCCCGCAUGCGCCCCGCAAGCAACCCGCUAAGCCUGAGACUAAGCUAUAGUGUAGUAUGUGGCUUGUAAUCAACAGAAAUUGGGUAUGUUACGGAGGUACAUACCCAUAAUAAUGGUCGUCAGUUUUUUUUUGGAGAUGGCAAACAUGAUGAAAAAGGUCGUUGAACUUAAGGCUCGGUC